CCAGCGGCGGCGCCGACCACGCAUGCAGAGGCUCCCAGGCUGAAGCGCAGACAAAGACACUGAGAUCGUCUGGCUCUUCUGCAGCAUCCACACCCUCCCGGAUCAGGCGCUCCGAUUUGGACCAGCAUUGACAGCAGCACAACUGCCCUAGUCGUCCCCUUCUCCUCUUGCCAUGGACCAGGACUUCGGCCACUUUGAUGAGCGGGACAAGGUCUCCCGGACCCCCCGGGGGUCUCGUGCCAACGGGCUGCCCAGCCCCACGCACAGCGCUCAUUGCAGCUUCUACCGGACGCGCACGCUGCAGGCGCUCACCAACGAGAAGAAGGCCAAGAAGGUGCGCUUCUACCGCAACGGCGACCGCUACUUCAAGGGCAUCGUGUACGCGGUGGCCAUUGACCGCUUCCGCACCUUCGACGCACUGCUCGCCGACUUGACGCGCUCCCUCUCCGACCACAUCAACCUGCCACAGGGGGUGCGCUUCAUUUUCACCAUCGAUGGCACCCGCAAGAUCAUGUCCAUGGACGAGCUGGAGGAAGGAGAGAGCUACGUCUGUGCCUCAGAGAACUACUACAAGAAAGUGGACUACACAAGGAACGUCAACCCCAACUGGUCGGUGAACGUCAAGGCCUCUGCCUCCCAGAGGGGCCUGCAAUCGCUGGCCAGCGCCAAGGGGGUCAACGAGGUCAAGGAGAGCAAGGAUUUUGUGCGGCCCAAGCUGGUGACGGUGAUGCGGAGUGGCUCCAAGCCGCGCAAGGUCGUCAGGGUGCUGCUGAACAAGAAGACGGCGCACUCCUUCGAGCAGGUGCUCACCGACAUCACCGAGGCCAUCAAGCUGGAGAGCGGCGUGGUCAAGAAGAUCUACACGCUGGACGGAAAGCAGGUCACUUGCCUCCAGGACUUCUUCGGUGAUGAUGAUGUCUUUAUUGCUUGCGGUCCAGAGAAGUUUCGAUACGCUCAAGAUGACUUCUCAUUGGAUGAGAACGCACACUUUCCACCUGGAGCCAAAUCCAAAUCAGCCCAUGGAAGUUUUAAUCAAGAGUGCAGAGCCAUGAAGUCGAUCCCUAAAAGCAGCUCACAGAAGACCAAGAGCCCAGGCCCUUCUCGUCGCACCAAGUCCCCCGUCGAAUCCACCAGCGGGACCGGCUCCAGCAGUCAGAUCUCCACUCCUAUCUCCAAGCAGUCCCCCAUCUCCACGCCCACCAGCCCCGGCAACCUCCGCAAGCACAAGGUACACAACUCAGGCUGCACACUCCUCAGCACUGAACGGCCGGUUACGUGGCUGGAUAGGGAUACAGCAUGCUAGGACUGUCUUUCAUGAUUGUCAUUGACGGUGCUGUGCAGAGGCCUUUCGAGGGGCAGGUGCUCGAAGGUGGGGGGGGGUGGUAAAUCACCGGAGGGGCACUUUCAGACGUUCAUUCCGAGGCCGUAGCCAUGUAGCCAACAUUAGGGGGAAAAAGGCUGUAAUCAUAAUAUAUAUUCGGGAGGACAUUGUGAGCACAUUUCACAUGUCCCCCCCCAAUAUAUAUAAUAAUUAUAGCCAUGGUUCAUUCAAACCCUGUGCCCCCCCUCCCAGAUUAGUUCCUUCCCAAAUAUUAUAGCCACCCAGGAAUACAGUGCCAGCGAUGCUGAUACAGUAAGACUCACGGUGGCGUUGACUCAUGCUGCUCGCCCUUCCUUUGGUGUGACAGGACCUAUACCUGCCCCUCUCUCUGGAUGACUCUGACUCCAUGGGAGACUCCAUGUAGACCGUCACUGUUGACAACCCGGCCAGCCAAGCAGAGGUAUCUAUGGUGCUCACCACAUCCCAGACCCCCCCCCACAAGCAAGGGUUGGGAGAUUCCUCCUCCCCGUGCACCAAAACUGCCCACCUUCACCAGCCCUGCCGGCUAGAUGCUUUCGAUACGGCGGUCCACCCCAGAUCGCUACUCUUGGUGUUCAAUUGGUUUUCCUGUGAAGUUUCAAGGGUAUAUGCUGGGCAUAUGCUUAACAUAUGUAGGCAUUAACACACAACGUUGCUGUCCACUCACAUCGCUUCUCCUUCUCUUGAAAGGGCACUGAUAUUUAGCAUAUACCAGGAGGACAAGAUAAGUGAAAAUAUAAAAGUGUCUUCUGUAGAGUGCAUCUCUCUCCAAUUCUGUAUUUCACUUUUCACAUGUUACUUUAUAUCACUGAGCUAGCUAGCAGAUUUUUUUUUUAUCCAAAGUGACUACGGUAGCUUACACGUGAGUCCUUUUUAAAGUAAGAAUCCUUUAAGCUUUUAGCUGUUGCGCACAUUUUUCGCUUCAAGGACCUGACUUCAGAGCCCUUUGAUUACAAGUCCAGUUGCAUUAAAAUAACUUUUUUUUCUAAGCACUCAUUAAUGAUGUAAAAUUGUUUUUUUUUUUAAAGCAAUGAGGUAGCAGGUGGCUGAUUUGCUUCUUUUUGAAUUCAGGGUGCUUUCUGAAGGUUCAAACACUCAAAGCACUCGCUCCUGUUGGAACAAUGUUUCAUUCGCUUGUGGGGGUUUUACUUAAACAAAAGUGUUCUGAGGGCAGAACAAAAAAUUAUUGAUUUAGAGAAAUAAUCAAUCACAUUGUAGAGGAGGUGGGCCCAAGCAACUAGAGGAAGCGGGACCA